CGAAGAAAGGCUGUGCAUUUAACUGUGGUCGGGUUAAGCUAACUCAGCUCCACGCAUAGAUUUGAUCCCAGUAGAGUUAGCUCUGAACGUUCUGCGAAGGAGGGAGAAAGAAAGAAGGGAAGAGCUAUAAGAGUAGCGCGGAGCAAGAAAGAGUAUGGUGAGGGAUCUUGGUGGCUUGCGGGCGAGAUUAUACCUUUGAUUGUGGCCGUUGAGCUCUGAUCGUCCGUAAAAGCUGCCGUUGGAAUCUUUGGGUGUAUUUGGCGUUUCUAUAGCGUUGUGCUGAAACAGGGGAGACACGAGCAAGAUUUCUUCAGAUCUGAUCAUUUGAUUUUUCUCACCUUCGAAUCUUCGAAACAAAUAUGGCUUUCUAACAGAGCGAACUAUAAAUCCUCCGUCUACUCAACGUUCUUGCUGUGCUGCGUGUGGGAGUCUGGAUCUUGAUUGUGCUGAUUGAUGUCCUUUAUUGAUUUGGGUUAAUUUCACAUCCACUCACAAUUGGCUUCUGAUAUUGGCAUUCAACUGGGGGGAGCUCUCUCCUGUUGCCAUAUUGGUGGUUGGUUGUGAGGACAGCUGCGUUCCAUCUCUGUCUGUCUUCGUUUUAUGUCUCCUAACUUGGAUAGCCCUGUGCAGACUGAGAUGGCUGUGUCUGUUUUCAAGAGCCCUCUUGGAGGUGGUGACUACCAUGGAGUGAAUAUGAUGGAAGGAAAACCAACAGGAAGAAGACGGGUUUUUGUGCAGACUGAAACUGGUUGUGUCUUAGGGAUGGAGUUGGACAGGAGUGACAAUGCGCAUACUGUGAAGAGGAGGCUGCAGCUUGCUCUCAAUUUUCCUAUAGAGGAGAGUUCUUUGACAUUUGGUGAUAUGGUUCUUAAGAAUGAUCUCAGUGCUAUUCGAAACGAUUCCCCUCUCCUCUUGACAAGGAAUUUGCUACAUAGAAGCUCUUCAACUCCCUGUUUAUCACCCACUGGCCGGGACAUCCAGCAGCGGGACAAAAGCGGGCCUAUUGAAAUUCUGGGGCAUUCAGCUCGUUUUACUGAGACAAUACAGCAUGUUAAAGAUAUUGUCAAGGCGAUUAAGCAUGGGAUCGAUCCAGUACCUGUUCGUAGCGGACUUGGUGGGGCAUAUUAUUUCAGAAAUGUUAGAGGUGAGAGUGUUGCCAUUGUCAAGCCAACUGAUGAAGAGCCAUUUGCACCGAACAACCCCAAGGGCUUUGUUGGAAAAGCUCUUGGACAACCUGGCUUGAAGCGUUCCGUGAGAGUUGGCGAAACUGGAUUCCGAGAAGUGGCUGCUUAUCUUCUUGACUAUAAGAACUUCGCAAAUGUGCCGCCUACUGCGCUGGUGAAGGUCACUCACUCAAUCUUCAAUGUUAACGAUGGUGUCCAUGGAAAUAAGCCUCAAAGCAAAAAGCUCGUCAGCAAGAUUGCUUCAUUUCAACAGUUUAUUCCGCAUGAUUUUGAUGCUAGCGAUCAUGGAACCUCAAGCUUCCCUGUUACUGCUGUGCAUCGCAUCGGGAUUUUAGACAUUAGGAUUCUUAACACAGAUAGGCACGCAGGUAAUCUUUUAGUUAGGAAGCUCGACGGUGAUGGGCAAUUUGGUGAGGUUGAAUUGAUUCCCAUCGAUCAUGGCCUCUGCUUGCCCGAGAACUUGGAAGAUCCAUACUUUGAAUGGAUUCACUGGCCACAGGCGUCUAUUCCUUUCUCCGAUGAAGAACUUGAGUACAUCCAAAACCUCGACCCCAUUCAUGAUUCAGAGAUGCUGCGAACUGAGCUUCCCAUGAUCCGGGAUGCUUGCUUGCGAGUUCUAACUCUCUGUACCAUUUUCCUGAAGGAAGCUGCCGCAUAUGGCCUUUGCCUUGCUGAGAUCGGGGAGAUGAUGAGUCGGGAGUUUCGCAGUGGGGAGGAGGAACCCAGUGAGCUUGAGGUUAUCUGCAUUGAGGCAAGAAGGCUUAUGGCUGAUGAGAUGCUGUAUUCUAAAACUGAGGCAGACUCAGAUGAGUUUCAGUUCGACAUAGACUAUGAAGACAGUGGGUAUGAUUACGCCCCGAAAGGAGCUCCUGAAUAUUUAACUGAAGCAAUUCCCUUCCACUUUGGAUAUGGUGCUAAUGGCCGCACUCCACUUUCCAAACUGGAUGAAAGCGUCGAGGAAGAUGAAAGUGAAGGAGAAGAAGAUAAGAAAGUGAUCAAUCUACCCACCUUAGAAAAGCAGCGCACCAUUCCAAAGCUGUCUAUGUCUCUGAAAAACACUAGCUUGGGCGAGAAACAGAAGAUCCCAAAGAUGCCUGACAACAUGUAUCUCGCCAGCUCCUCAUCCAGCCACAGGAGUGCGAACGAGCAGCUUCCUGCCAGCGCAUGCUUUGUCAAGGUUGCAGACAUGAGUGAUGAGGAAUGGGCGGUGUUUUUGGACAAGUUUAAGGAUCUCCUUGCCCCUGCAUUCGCCAAGCGAAGUUCGAUCACUCUUGGACAGAGGCAGUGGCAGAGGCUCGGAACUUCUUGCAAGUUUUGAAACUAGAGCAAAUAUUGCGUGCCUUUCUAGGUGAAGAGUAAGAGUUACAGCACUUUAGUUUUUCCUUGAUGCUUUCUUCUUGCAGUCAUCCGUAGGUGGUGGGAGUAGCAGCAGUUGUAUGUAAAUAUUCUUUCUAAAGCCAGAUGCGCGACGACGAUCGACGAUCGGCAGAAUUGGUUAUUUUUUUCUUUGUUUUUUUGGGGGGUUUACUCCAUGUUUACUUCUUAAAAUUUGUACUUUAGGUUUGUUUCCUUGAGGCCAUCUCUAUUGUUUGAUAAAUAAUUUGUAGACCAGGCAUGCUGUAGGAUAUAUAUAUAUAUAUAUGUUAUGUGUUGUAAAUAUUGGAUCAAGUAUGUUUUGAAGUUCAA